AUGAUUGGAGACAAGGCUAGCAAAGCUAUAGAUCGUGUCCCCCUCUCAAAUAACACUGUUCAUUGUAGAAUUACAGACAUAGCCAAAAACGUAAAGCAGCAAUUACUGUCAAGAGUACAAAAGAGUCGCUACUAUGCACUGCAAGCAGAUGGAUCCACUGAUGUGAAUUUAGCUAAUCUUUUGUUGUUUGUCAGAUACGAGCUGAACAAUGAAGUCCAUGAUGAUAUUUUGUUCUGCCAACAUAUGCCAACACAUACAACUGGAGAAGCUAUUUUUAAAGUUAUUGAUGACUUUAUCAAAAACAGUGACUUGGAUUGGAGAUGUUGUGUUGAAAUAAGCACUGAUGGCGCCAGAGCCAUGAUUGGUUGGAAGAAAGGAUUUGUUGCACGUAUUCAAGCUGUUGCGCCAGAAGCGAAAUCGACUCGUUGCAUUCACAGGGAAGCACUCGCCACCCAGAACAUGCAGGCAGAUCUAAAGCAAGUACUGGAUGAAGCUGUGAAAAUAAUCAAUUUUGUGAAAUGCCGCCCUCUGAACGCCCGGCUGUUUUCUCAGCUUUGUGAUGAGAUGGGCAGUGAUUACACACAACUCCUAUUUCACACUGAAGUACAUUGGCUUUCGCGUGGAAAAGUUAUGAAUCACCUGUUUGAGCUGUGA